AUGCAUUACAAGGUCGCCUGGGACAUCGCGUUGCUUUCACCCUGGGUUUUUGAGAUCGUUAAAUGUAACAAGGGCGAGGAUAAGAUCCUGGGCACAUUAGCAGCCAGUAUCACUCCCAGAUCCGAAGUCGACAAAGCACUGAUCUCGAUCGCUCCGAAGAAGGAGCCGAGACGCAAGAUCCAAGCCCCUAUCCCGACUGCGAGGUCAAAUGAGGAUCUGUGUGUCGCUAGCUUCCGCCCAUGUCAAGCGAGGCUACAGCGCGAUCCUGUGGAAGUUACCUGCAUGGACUGUUGUGAAGGCAGAUCCUGUUAUGUCGAAGGUUCAACCAUCAAUGAAACCGAAUAUCACGGCCUUUUGUUAUGUCUGGACUUGCUAGAUGGGACGGAACCGUUACGACAGGUGAGCUGUGGUGACUCAAACUUGGUGAUCCGUCAAGUUAGAGUUGAGAUCGACUGCAAGGCACCUAGAUGGACAUGA